GUCAUGUGUAAAUUAUACUUGUACUGUAAGUGUAGGUAAUUUAUGAAUGGUGUAAUAGUCUGGAAAAAAUACCCAAAGUCAAUUUUGUUCCCCAAUGAAUAAAUAAUUGAAUAUCUCAAGGUUGUGUCCGGUCUAAUAGCCCAUCUCCCCGUCUCCCUCUGCCAGACACAAAAACUCCAAACAGACGCAUCCAUCCACACACAGAAUGGACAUGGGUCAGGGGGUGGGGUGAGGGUAAGAUUUGUUAUUAUGUGGGACCUUUCUUCAGCCCAGCCUCAUUUCUUGCAUAUUCCACAUUCUGCUUGAGACACUGACUGCAGCUUAAAGAAGAUCUUGCUCCAAUACUGGACUAGCAUGUGCAAAAUUUACCACGGGGGUGUCAGGAAUUUCAAUCUUUGCUUCCAAAACAGGCUGGCACCCUGGGGGCAAGGUGGGGAGUGAGCAGGAUCCCACACACUUUUCUUUUUUUUUUUUCCUCUUUUGGUCAAACACUGCAAUAGCAGUAUCACCCUCUUUAUUGAGUCCAUCUUUUCACAGUGGAUUUGCAUCUCUCUCAUCUCUUAGCAUGACAUCACCUGGUAUGUAAAGUUCCUGUGUCUCUAGGGUUAAAGCCGUCGACAAGGAUGUCAACAGUCUGUAAGCAAACGUUGCUUGAUUUUGGGGAAUUCUUGUGCGCCAGCUCUGAUAGUGGGAAUGCCUGAGAAACAGUGAACAAGUGCAGCUCCCAAGGCAGGGAAAAGGCGCAGGAUUAUGUUGGCAGCAACGAUCACAGCAGUGCUGAUCUAUUUCAUGGUGCAAAACUCUGGAGCCUUGGCCCUCAGAACAGGAUGCUGGGAUGAACGCCUAUCACGAGCGGGGAGAAACAGCAGCUGUGCGGCUAUACAGCCCUUCCUGUUAUUCGGUCACGGUAAAGCCAUUCAUCGGCUGGACCUCGAUGGGAGGAACCAGAGAAGGCUCGUGGCUGGUGUGGGAAGUUCUAUCCUGCUCGACUUUCAUUUCAGACAGGAGGGAGUUUACUGGGCUGACAAACACACUGGGGUCAUCUACAAAGCAUCAGUGAGAGGAGCACACAAACAGAAACUCUACUCAUCUGACAAACACAUUUCAGGCCUUGCAGUGGACUGGGUUUGGAACAGUGUGUACUGGACAAGUCGAGAAAAGGGAAAAAUCAAGAGAAUGGAUUUAAACGGGAAAAAUGAGAGAACUCUUCUAAGACACUUGACCCAACCAAGUUCUAUAGUUGUUGACCCCACUAACAGGUUCCUUUUUUGGCUGUCCGGUGGAAUGACUCCGAGUAUCCAACGCUCCGAUGUGACAGGACAGAUGAAAACCACGCUUAUUAAGAUAGCCGAGCAACUGAAAGCCCUGUCGAUUGACAGAGAGGACAACAGACUGUUCUGGGUUCAGUUUGGUCUGCAAGGAGAAAGUGCCAUCGCCUCUUGCGAUUACAAUGGGAACGCCUUGCACAUCAUAGAUCAGCCACUUCGGUCUCAGUCACUGGGGAUAUCAGUUUUUCUGGAGCACUUAUACUACAGUGAUGCUGCAUCUCAGGUUAUAAAACAAGUGAACAAGUACACUGGUGGAAAGGCACUGGAUGUUAACAUAAAACAAAUGGCAAAACCCCCAGUUGACAUCAAGGUGGUACAUGCCCUUAACCAGCCGCUGGCAGACUCCCCAUCAUCUUUUCCAGAGUGUGACAAACAGAGCGGAAACUGUGUGAAUGUGUGCUCCAAUCUAGCUGAGAAGGGGGUUUGCCAGUGCAGUGAAGGCUUUGCUCUCAGUAAGCAAGGCACUUAUUGUGAAGAUGUAAAUGAAUGUGCCCAUUGGAACCAUGGCUGCUCGCUUGGUUGUGAAAACAUCCCAGGCUCCUAUUUCUGUACCUGUCCUAAAGGAUACGCCCUCCUUCCAGACAGGAAGACAUGUCAAGAGAUCAUACCAUGUGAAGGCAAUAUGACUAAGUGUGGCCAUGGAUGUCUGAAAACAGAUGAGGGUGACAUAUGUGUGUGCCCUGAGGGAUCAUUACUACAGGAGGACGGACAAGCCUGUACUGGCUGCUCAUCUGUAGACAAAGGGGGUUGCAGUCAGCUCUGUACUCCCGUCACCCCUAGUAGGUGGCAGUGUGGUUGUCUGCCUGGCUACCAGCUCCACCAAAAUGGCAAGCGCUGUAUUGCUACGGGACCACCACCGUAUCUGCUAGUUGCUAAUUUAGUAGAUGUACGAAGAAUGAAUCCUGAUGGCACUGGUGAUCAAACCCUGGUGGAGGAGCCCAGAGGAACAAUCAUAGCUUUGGAUUAUGACCCGGUCCAGAACGAUGUGUACUUUGCUAGUACAAGCCAGAAGACAAUAGAGCGGAUCGAUCUGAACGGUGGGUCCAGAGACAUUGUUGUGUCUGAGAAUCUGAACUCUCCAGAGGGACUGGCCAUUGACUGGGUUCACCGCAGGAUGUACUGGACUGAUAAAAGCCAGUCGACUGUUGACUGCAGUACCUUGGUAGGACUGAACAGAGAAACCAUUGUGAGAAAAGGGCUAGAAAAACCAAGAGGAAUCGCAGUCCAUCCUUUGGCAAAGAAGUUGUUCUGGACUGAUAUGGGAGCCCAGCCUGUGGUGGAAAGUGCCUCUUUAGACGGGAAAGUUCGGACUGUCAUUGCUAGCACCAACCUUGUGUCACCUAGUGGCCUGGCCAUCGAUUUCACAGAGGAUCGUCUGUUCUGGUGCGACCAGCGGAGGGGUCUGGUGGAGACUGCUGCCCUGGAUGGCUCAGACCGACGGAUCCUGUUAGAGAACCAAGUAGGUCGACCUUUUGACCUCGCAGUAUUCGGGGACAGGCUCUGGAUCUCUGAUUGGGAGCACCAGCAGCUGAGGAGCGUACACAAGCGGACUGGGAAGAAACUGCAACGUAUCCAUGGCAGCAUGGUCCACCCAGCAUCCAUUGUGGUGGUUCAUCCCCUCGCUAAACCAGGGGCAGACGUUUGCCUUCAUCUGAAUGGAGGUUGUGCCCAGGCGUGUGAAAGCAAACUGGGAUUCUCCCACUGCUCCUGUCUGUCAAGUUACAUCCUAUCAGCUGACGGAAAAACCUGCUUGCCUUCUGAUGCUUCAAAUGGGACAGCAGAAUCUGGAGACAGUGAAUCCACUGAGUUGACAUCUCUCAAGGGCAGUGAGCCAACUCUCUUCACAGACAAGAUGGUCUCAGACCAGAAUGAGUGUUACUCACUCCGCUGUGAUGUGAAUGCACAGUGCCUGCUUCAUGCUGGCAGCCCAACCUGUUUAUGUCUUGAAGGUUUUACGGGUGAUGGACAGUCGUGUGUGGAUAUUGAUGAGUGUAAACUGGGAACACACAAUUGUAACAAAAACGCUGAAUGCCAAAAUACUUUGGGGAAGUAUCUCUGCAAGUGCCAGGCUGGAUACCACAUCAAUGGGAAAACAUGUCAAGAGCUGGAGACCACAUCGACAUGGGUGACGACCAGUAGCCCUGCUGAAGUCACCACCCGGCACCACAACAGUAACUCUGUGGAGAACUGCCCCUCCACCCAUGAGUCCUACUGUCUAUACCAGGGCGUCUGCUUCUACUUUCCUGAAAUGGAGUCCUAUGCAUGCAAUUGUGUAUCAGGCUACAUGGGGGAGCGCUGUCAGUUCAGUGACCUGGAGUGGUGGGACCUUCAGCAGGCUGAGGAAGAGAAAAGGAGAAACAUGGUCAUUGCGGCCUGCAUGGUCGUCCUCAUCUCCCUGCUCUCCAUUGCUGCCUGCGUCACCUACUGCUAUGGAACUAGAAAAUUCUUCCACAAACAACCCUCAGUGGAUAAUGUGAGUGAGACCAGCAUGACAGAUGAGAGCAUGUUAGAUGCCACCACCACCAGUGUGCCUCGGUUCUACAUGCUGGUAGAAAAUGGAGUGGAAGAAAAAGUCAUCCCUGCCAUGGGCUGUCCCAGGAGAGCUGUCUGUCCAUCAUGCUCUUCAGAGACAGCGGACAACCAUGUGUCUGAAGAGUCAGAAACGUUGUCCAAACACAACAGAGGGUAUGAGUGUUCCAUGGUGUCGGCUCUUGCCAUGGAAAUCACUAAACCCACUGUCCAUCACUCGAGUCCAUCACUGUCAAGCUCAUAUUCCUGUACGUCGUUCAAGCUGACACCACUCUCCCAGACUGCCAGCCCAGAGUCACCCGCUUCUUAGUUCAGCGGAGAGACCGACACCGCUGUACAGUUAAACGCACACAUACUGUAACAUCUGCCUGAUGUACAAACUGCAAAUGAAGAGUUUCAUUCCACAAUGAAAUGUGCCGCAAAGUGAACAAGAGCCACUGAAGCUGUUGCCUGGAAAAGUAACUUGUGGCAUUUUUGUGUAAAAAUAAAUUCAUGUUUACUUCUCAAUUAUAGAUUUCUAUGAUACACAAUAUUUCGGUCAGGCCAGUAGAUGUAAGCAAUUGUAAAUACAGGUAUUUGGUAGCAAAAAAAGGAAACUAUAGUUAACACACAGACUACAGUGCAUUGUAAAAGUAAUGAGUGCCAUCUUUCAUUGAAAAAAAUAAUAAAAUAAUGAAAUUGUAGAUUACCAAUAUAGUAUAAAUAUCCCUCACCCAGAAUACAAUGGAGCUGUCAGCUUCAAAUAAGUGUAUUCUGGGAGGUGGCAUGAUGGUGUAACACCAGAGUACAAUGCUGCAUUAAUGUUACAGCAUAGCCCUCUAAUUCUUAAUCAUUUAACAUUAGUAGGCUUAAUAAUAAAAUAUUGUUGUUGUAAACUAUUUUCCAAAAUACAGCAUUUGGAUUGAAACUCUUCCUUACACUAAUAUACCUGAUACUGUAGCUGACAACUAUGUAAUAUACAUGUGUACAGUAUGUCUUUCCUUCAAAGUUCUAGAGUAGAUCGAUAUUAUCAGGAGUUGUACAAGCUCAUAACUUGCUCAAACACAGAGAUAAACCAGUGAAAACAGAAAAUUAAGAACUACUCCCACUGCUUGCUUUUGAAAAUGUCAUUGUCAUGGACUUUCUAACAAGAACAGCUAAAUUUCUGUUUGUCUUUAACCUCAUGAUCUUAGCCUAGAUCCCAGCACCUUCAUUCACAUCUCUGUUUUGCAUGUUUUAGUCACAAGCAUUUGCUUUACUCAGGGUGGCAUUGCCUACUAAAAAUGUUGGACUCCACAGGGUCUUUAAAUAGGUUUUCUAUUUUUCACCUAUCACUGAAUAACUGAGGUUAGCCACCAUCACUAUAAGAAUUUCAUUCCUAACACCAAGUCGUGUAAAUGCUGUUUAUGCAGCUUUUUCAUCAAAGCAUGAAAUGUUUCGAGGUGGAGCACUUACAAGUCUUCACAUUUACUUUGGGCUACUGUUACAAUUUUUUUUUUUUUUUUUUUUAAAAUGAUCAAAUAUCUGAAAAUCCCUCUCAACUUCCUUGGAUAAAAAAGGUGGUUGUAGGAGAGCAAAAGCUGAACACUGCCUGCCUGCUUGUGUUACAAAGGGACACAUUUGUUUUGUUGUUUAGAAAUUACUUACAUGUUUUCCAUAUUUGCUAUAUAUUUUAUGGAGUAACUGUAUGAAGUUUUCCUUUCAGUGUGUUGUAUUUUGACCAUCGAGGUGGAGCUCUGUCAGGUGCAGUGUGGCUCAGUGAAAACAAUUUGUUUCUUGUCUUGCCAAUCAAUUCAAAUUGACAAAACGAUAUGUAAACGGUAUAAAACACAGACUAUGCACCACAGUGUGUAUUACCAUGGUUACAUUUAGCCAAGCAUAACAACUAUCAUGUCGGUGCAUUACUUAACUAACCUGAGAACUGUGACAUUGUUAGCAAACUUGCUAUAUUUAUUCUAUACAAAAAUCCAUGUUUACUUUAGCCAGAGUUCUGCUUAGAUCUGUGCUUUUAGAAAUAAGAUGAGGGUUAACUGAACUGGGUUGAUGACUGACUGAUGAUUGACUGAACUGGACUAUUUAGUUUGGAAAGGGAAGGCAUCUUGCUAUUUACCUAAUUUCUUUACAGUACAGAGUUUUAUAUCCCCUAAACAAGCCAAAAACGGGUCAUAUUUAUUUGGACAGGACAGACAACAUCCAGAAUUUUUAUUCACACAGUUUUCGCCUGAUUAUUUCUCUUAUUUUCGGCAGACAUAACUGGAAUUAGAAAAUUGCAAGAUGAAGCUCAUUUUUAUCUCCCUCAAUAAAACUAUAUUCCCAAAAAUCUGACUGUUUUAAUAACUGCAACAUAUUCACCAACAUCCUCGGUUUACUAGACACACAAAAAUGAUUACCAUCACUAAACUUUUGCCUUUCUUUACCAUCCUUAUUUCUUUGAAAAAUACACUUUUCUAAUGAUAUUAUCUUUGUUAUAAUUGAAACCUUAUUUUGACCAUUCAAACCCCAUCUCUGUCUCGUUACACCACAUCGCACUUCUUCAAAGCUCUAGCCCAUGCUCCACUGAUGAUGCUUUUCUAUC